AAAUAAUUGGCUACGCAUGAAUUAUGUCAGCUGUGUUUGUUUACAAAUUUUAACAACAUAUAUUUAAAAGUGUUUUACUUGAUAAUAAAGUGGUAAUACAGAAGUAGCACUCAUGUAUAAGCCGACAUGCUUUCAUUCCACAUUCGCAAUACAACCCUGCAUAAAUGGUUUUUUAUUUAAAUCAAUUGUCAAACGAUUUUCAUAGCAAAAUUCGAAUUUGUUUUGUCUCGUCUAAGUGGAUUGGUUUUUAUACCGAGAAAAUAUUUAGAAUUUAGAUUAAAUUUUUACUUGUUGCGUUGAGAAGGUUUAUUAUUGGGAUAAGCACUCAAAGAAAAAUUAUGUCGGGCGAAGAAAAGGCAGUGGACGUUAGUAAAGCUAUUGAGAACAUCGAAGAUAUAGGCGCGUGUGCUAGACGACUUUCUACAUCAAGGAUUACCACAAUGUCAAAUGAAAGUGAUGUGUCGUUUAAUCUUUCAUUUGAUGCUGAAAUUGCUGAAAUGGAUUCUGAUGAAUUACCAGCGUUCGACAUCCGCCUACUAUCGCCACAUGGCAGUAGUCCUUCACCUAUAGACAAAAGCAUGGAACAAACAAUUUCCAAGGAUAAAGAAACCAGUUUCAGUGAUAGUCCCUGCCAUAACAAUCCAGAAUUUAUUGCAUUGAGAGAUAUCAAUGCACAAAUAUCACCCCCAUUAGAGAACGAUGUCAGCAGUCUUGAAACAAUUUAUGAAGGUGUGUUUCUUAAUACCCCAACUCGUAAACAUAAUGUUAAACCAAAUAUGCGAAACGAACGUUGCCGUAGAAGUCUACAAGAAGUGGCAGUUACCAAUGGUCAACAACUAGGUAAAGAAAAUAAUACACCAAUCGUUCAUCAAAGCCCAAGGCGCUCAGAUUUAAUAGAACCAAGUUAUAAUCAAGGUUCCACUUAUAAGUAGAUAUAUACUUUAAAUUCCGUGGAUGCAGUUUUAUUAAAGAAUCUACACAUUCGAGCACUAUUUAUAUUGGCUAAUAUCUAAAUGCUUCCUUAUUCAUUGUACACGUUUUUGUGUACGAUUCGACG